AUGUCUUCCCUGAUCCCCCAGCAUGGCAAGGAGGAAUCCGCUGCCACCUACACUCAAACCUACGCAGCCUCGGGCUCAUCUGAAGACACAAUCGACCAUGGGGAUGCCCUAACACGUAUCGCUACGCGGGCCUCUCGCGCGUCGGAGCCCUCCUUAACCAGAAGAGUGACAUCUAUCGGGACGACAGGUACCUCAGACCCGAACUAUGAGGUUGACUGGGACGAUGGGCUCGACAAAAACAACCCGAAGAACUGGUCAUUUGCCUACAAAGCCAUGGGCAUCGCGAUCCUAUCCUACAACACCUUGAUCAUCGUUCUCUACUCUACAUCCUACACUUCUGGCGAAUCUCAAAUUGCAGCGGAAUUUGGAGCCUCCAGCACCGUCGUCACUUUAGGCUUAACCCUAUAUCUCAUCGGCCUUGCUAUCGGGUCCAUGUUCAUGGCUCCAUUAAGCGAACUGUACGGCCGAAAGCCGGUUUCCAUAGUCUGUUCGUUCAUCUUCACCGUCUUGAUCAUUCCCUGUGCGCUCAGCAAGAACCUGACCACAUUGCUUGUCGUCCGGUUUAUCGCCGCCUUGUUCGGAAGUGUCAUGAUCUCUACUGCGCCCGGAAUGGUUGCGGAUAUCGUUGAAGACGAUCAGCGGGCGCUCGCCAUCUCUAUCUGGAGCAUUGGUCCAAUCAAUGGCCCAGUCAUUGGACCUAUUAUUGGAGGUUUCGUGACCCAAUAUCUGGGCUGGCGUUGGAUGGACUGGAUCGCCCUGAUUUUGUCCGGCAUCGCACUGGUUCUGUCGUGUAUCCUCAAGGAGACUUAUGGUCCGAUCAUUUUGCAGAAGAAAGCCGCCCGCAUGCGCAAAGAGACGGGGGAUUCCCGCUGGUGGUGUCGAUACGAACAGAAAGCCAGUCUGAGUGAAUUGCUCAAAGUCAACCUGGGCCGCCCAUUUGUCAUGGCAGUCACCGAGCCCAUCUGCAUAUUCUGGAACAUCUACAUCGCGAUCGUCUAUGGGAUCCUAUACCUCUGCUUCACUGCCUACCCCAUUGUCUUCCGGGAAAUCCGGGGUUGGUCCCUCGGUCUCUCCGGCCUUGCAUUCCUGGGCAUCGGCACCGGAUGUUUGAUCACCAUCUCCAGCGAGCCCUUGAUCCGCCGUCUGAUCAACUCCCACAAACCCGAUCCCGAGACAGGCAAACCGCCUCCGGAGGCCAUGGUGGCGUUCGUAUGCAUCUGCGCGCUUCUAAUUCCAGCUGGAGAGCUAUGGUUCGCCUGGACCUGCUCCCCCGCCUCGAUUCCCUGGAUUGUCCCCAUUCUCGCAGGGGUGCUCUUCGGCACCGGCAACACGGGCGUCUUCAUCUACGCGACCAACUACCUCGCUGGUAGCUACGGAGUAUACGCCGCAUCCGCACUGGCCGGAAACUCCGUGAUCCGCAGUAUCCUUGGUGGUGUGUUGCCUCUCGUCGGGACGUACAUGUACGCCGGCAUUGGUCCCAAUUGGUCGGGCACCCUGCUGGGCUUACUGGAGGUGGCCAUUGUGCCGAUCCCGUUCGUCUUUUACAAGUACGGGUACAAGAUCCGGGAGAGAAGCGUGCUCAUCCGACGGAUGCAGGAGGAUAAGAGGCGACUUGCUGGCAAGCGCCAGCAACGAACCCAGCCGGUGGAGGUGACUGCCCAAGCAGAGAAGACCACGUUGGAGGUCUGA